AUGGGAAAGGAAUUGGACUUGAACAGCACUCAAAACCUGGUCCAUCCGGACUGGGAAAUAAUAGAUCCAACGCCUGACAUAUACGCGCUGUUCGCGUUAUUCAAUCAGAAAUUCUUCCAAACUCGAUUGUCCUGUGUUCAGCUGGAAUGGAGCAAGAAGAUGUACAACUGUGCCGGGAUUUGUUACCAACGCUCGAACCGCUUGGGGAAAAGUUGUAUCAUACGGCUGAGUGAACCGUUGCUCAAAUUACGACCGCGGAAAGACUUAAUUCAAACCCUGCUACAUGAGAUGAUUCAUGCGUACUGUUUCGUGUUAGGAAUCCGCGAAGGGAACGGUGGACAUGGUCCAACGUUUAAAAAAAUAAUGAACGGUAUCAAUAAAAUAGCCGGUACCAACAUAACGGUUUACCAUACUUUUCACGACGAGGUGGACCUUUACAAAACGCACUGGUGGAAGUGUAAUGGCCCUUGUCAGCACAAGCAUCCAUUCUAUGGUUUGGUGAAGCGCACAACCAACCGCAAACCGGGAACAUAUGACUUUUGGUGGCAGGAGCAUAAACUAACGUGCGGUGGUGAAUUCAUAAAGAUACGCGAACCUUCCCCGAAGCGAAAACGUGCAUUAACAAACAAGGAAAAUAUUAUGGGAUCACAUACGCCCGGUCUUACCCGAUCUCAAGAAACAAAGCCGAGAUCUAGCCAAAGUAAUCAAAAGAAUGUAAUAUCGAACUACUUUAACAACUCUACCUCAACUCCAACUCCAACGCCGAAAAAACCAACUUACAUACCCGGAGCGAAACCAAACUUCGGUGGUGGCACGUUGGUAAUACGGAAACCACCUGUUGCCACUCAAACGCGACCGGUAACGCCGAAAGUAGAAAAUCCAUCCACAUCACCGCGGAAGGGUGGCACCCACAAACCACCACCCCUGGAGGGCAAUUUGCGCAACGUAAAACAAUUUAAAGAUUUGUCAACUGAUGGGGAAGAACCACCGAAACGAACGUCGCUCCCAAUUCCAGUGUUUUCCGGUACUGGAUUUGUGCUUGGUUCGUCUGAUAGUUCGGGCGGGCGAAGAAGUCGACUGUUGGACAAAUUCCCGGCAUCCACCAGUACCAGUAAGCCGACGGCGUCGAAAAAACCUCGAACAGAGCGGAAGCCCAAACCUAGUACAAGCAACACGAUGGAAUCCAUCAUGUUGUCUGACGAUUCCGAUAACAUAUUCGACGAGAUAGAUUUAACGGAGGCGGGAAACAUAAAAAAGGAACGAACGGAAUCAAUCCGAAGGGAAAUAGUAGAUUCGCUCACCAACGAUGAGAUGGAUGAGAUUAUUCUUAUCGACGACGAGUACGACGAUGAGCUGGCAGACGAAGAGUUGUCUUCGAUUGAUAGUUCAUUGCUUGACCGAUCGGUGAUCGACGAGUUGUUUAACGAGAGCGACGAACUGAUCGAAGAUUUCAAUCGCACCAAUGCACAAAUUAAGGUUGAAAAACCGGACGACGAAAUCGUGACAUGUCCGAUGUGUUUGAAAAGAAUGGCUCGUGCAAAGAUUGGUGAUCAUUUUGAAAGUUGUUAUUCGCACAUUGCCGGAGAAACGAACACCCCGCCAUCUAGAGUUCGGAGUACGGGGAAUGAUAUUAGCCAACCGUCCACAUCAAAGGUCACACCAGCGAGAACGACAGUAUCAACGGCGGCCAAGAAAAAGGAAACGGUUGAUUUGAUUACGGCUCAGGAACAGCUGUUGCGUGACUGCGGUUACGCGGAAGGCGACAUAGCGAAUGUGCUACAGGAUAUGAACACGCAAGAUAUGCCGGCACCUAAUGUGGCAUCGCUACGGGAGCAGGUUCUGCGUGAUUGUGGCUACACGGAAGCUGACAUUAGGCGAGUACUUGAUGAUGCAUCACCGGAAGAGGCGUUGAACAAUGACGUGGAAUUUAUAUCUGCGGUGGAAACCUGUGAAUGUCCAAUCUGUGGUACAACGGUGUCGCUGAGUUCGAUCAAUCAACAUAUCGACCAGUGUCUUGUAAAGUAGCCGUACGUGUUAUAUUAGUAAGUAAGUGUAAGAACAAGCCAUUUUUUUUAUUAAACAGGAGUCUGAUCCCUCGUUA